UGACUGUGGAACCGCUUCAGCUAGCUUAGCUAUUCAUUCUCACCAGUGAAACAUGGUGACUGCAAAAGUUGGGAGGAUCAAGUUGGGUUCUCAAGGCCUGGAAGUGUCUGCUCAGGGCCUUGGCUGCAUAAGCAUGUCAGCUUUCUAUGGUCCUCCGAAGCCUGAAUCUGACACGAUUGCUCUCAUCCACCAUGCUAUCAAAACUGGGGUAACCUUUCUUGAUACCUCUGAUACUUACGGUCCCCAUACCAAUGAAAUCCUCCUUGGCAAGGCACUGAAACAUGGUUUCAGAGACGGAGUUGAAUUGGCUACCAAGUUUGGUAUAAACUAUUCUGAAGGCGCAAGGCAAAUCCGUGGUGACCCUGCGUACGUGAGGGCGGCCUGUGAAGGUAGCUUGAAGCGUCUUGGUGUGGAUUGUGUUGAUCUUUAUUAUCAGCAUCGGAUCGACACCAGGGUUCCCAUUGAAGUCACGAUGGGAGAACUUAAGAAACUAGUUGAAGAAGGUAAAGUAAAGUACAUAGGGUUAUCGGAGGCUUCUGCUUCGACUAUAAGAUGCCGUGAAGGGAGACAGAUAUGGUGAAACUGCCGCUACCUACCUUGAAUCUGAAACUCCUCCCUUGUCUUCAUGGAAACCUGAAUGAGGGCAUGCUAUCAUAUUGAUGCAUUCUUCAUGAUGAGUAAUGGACUUAAUGUAACA